GUGUGGGUCUGCUUGUGCCACAGCGCGAGCUCACACAUUCGCGCGUUUUUAAUCAUUACUGUUUCCGCGAAAUGAAUUUAAUAUUUAUAUAAUUUCUAGUGCAGGUGUGUGUUUAUACUCGGCUCCAGUGCGCGUGGUGAUGUUGCGUUAAAGUGUGCCGUGUGCGUUAUUUUGGUGUGUUGUUUUUUCACGCAGUCACUCACAGCGCGAGAAAAGCGGAGAGACGGUCGCACAGAGUGUGUUUGUGUGUGUGUGUUUACGUGUGAAUCUGUGUGUGAAGGGAAGGGAACCUUUUAGGACUCACGUUUCUUGUGCAUUAUUCAUGAGAUAGAUCAUCUCAGGGGCGGGAGUAUUACAUGAGAAGGGCGGACCCAAAGACUGAAGGGGGCGUGGCUGUGUGAAGAUGGACAUACAGUGACACCUGGGUCAUAAACACACUAAUCUACAUAAAACUACACUUGCAGGAUCACUUUAUUGAAGAUCUGUGCAGUUGGGCGUGCUAUAGAGGUGAAUGGAUGUUGACUGCGAUGUCUGUGCAAAGUGAGCCAACGGGCAACAGCGGGGCAGGUAUGCACACCCACCCUGACUCCACGCUACAGAUGCCCUGCCCCGCCACCAUCCAGGAUGUGGUGACCACUAACACGGUGCUAACAGAACUAUCUGGCAAUCACGUGACCCCUCAAGAUGGGGUCGGCAAUGCUGCAGCUCCUACAGCUGAGGGACCCGCACAGAUUAAAAAUGGCCUGCAGUUACGAAGCGAGACGCAGCAGAAACUGAGUAAGCGGCGCUUCAGCAUGAACGUGGGGUUCAAACAUCCAAGUCUCUGUAAACGCAGACGACGCGUCAACUCUGAAUGUGACCCUGUGCUGCCCACCAACUUCCUGAUGGGCGGAAAUAUCUUCGAUCCAUUGAAUCUCAACAGCCUGAUGGACGAGGAGGUCAAUCAGGCAUUGAAUGCAGAGACGCCCAAAUCGUCGCCUCUUCCUGCCAAAAACAGAGACCCUGUCGAGAUACUGAUCCCGAAAGACAUCACGGACCCUCUGAACUUAAACAGUAACAGCAGAAAAGCAGUGGCAAGCAUGUUAAUUAUGCCCGUGAAGAAGCGAAAACAUCGAUACCGGCACCACGGAGCCGCUACUGGAGGCGUGGCCGGGCAGCUUGACCUUUCAGAUGUAGAGAAGUCAAAGGAGGGGUCCGUUUCAGGGCCGCUGUUUCCUCGUGUUAGUUCGUCAGUGUCAGCACAAGGCGUACCUGCAGAGGGCGCUGAGCCACUGGCACCACAGGCCGUUGAGGAGUGGCCACGCCCCUAUGAGCUCACCACGUCAAUCAACUGCAGAGAUGAAGUGGUCACGCUCAUACUGCCAAAAAGAUGGUCCCACCCCUCCUCAUCUAGCUCCGCCACUCAACCCCAACACAAAGCGGUCAGCUCCGCCUCCUCUGCUCAGCCGUCCAAACACAGGAAGCGCAGACGAACCAACAGCCGUUCGGAACGCCUGUCAAUCACUCCCACUCUGCCCACAAAGCAUCCAAACAGUGAGAAAGCACACAGUCAAAUGUUUCACACUCCUACUGUGGGAGGAGCCAGUGGAGGCCUUCCUUCGGGGGCGCAGAGGAUCACACAACACCAACGUAGGCCGCAGCGCAAGUUCCAAUACGGCGACUACAGCCAUUACUACAGUUACCGUACACCGGCACUGAGCGUAGACCCGCGGUUGGCCGUCUUUAGACCGGAGUGGUUUCGCGGCAAAAAAGUUCUCGAUGUCGGCUGCAACACGGGUCGCAUCACCCUCGCCAUUGCACGACACUGGAGCCCCAACCACAUCCUGGGCGUGGACAUUGAUGACGCGCUGGUGCGCACGGCAAGACAGAACCUGCGUCACUUCCUGUCAGAGUUGUGUGGACAGCAGAGUGAUGGAACACAGCCUGGUGAAAGCGCACGACAAACAGAGGAUGCAGCAGUGGCGGGUGAAGGGUCAGAGGUCAGGGGCAGGGGUGAGCUGGGGUUAACACCUCUGAUGCAUCUGCAGUUGGAGUGGGUUCAAGGUUUGUCCAGGUUUCCUCUCUCGUUCACUCGCUGCAGGGGACCCAUCGCAACACCUCCCAUAAUGCCUCACGUCCCCGGACUGUUCCCCUCCAACGUGUCCUUUCUGAAGGGUAACUAUGUGCCGGACAGUGAUGCGGCUGUGAUGUCACAGUGUGAGGAGUAUGAUGUCAUCAUGUGUUUGAGUUUGACUAAGUGGGUUCAUUUGAACUUUGGUGACGCUGGAGUUCAGAGACUGUUUCAGAGGAUAUACAGACACCUGUUACCUGGAGGAGUGCUCAUACUGGAACCACAACCCUGGAGCUCAUACGCCCGCCGCAAGAGACUCACGGAGGUGACGCACAGGAACUACAACAGUAUUCGACUGAAGCCGGAUCAGUUCAGCUCUUUCCUGACGGCUGAUGUAGGUUUCAGCAGCUACGAGCUCAUCGCAACACCGCGCAGCUGUCCUACAGGAUUUCAGAGGCCCAUUUAUCUGUUCCAUAAAGGCCCUGCCUCCAACAGGAAAUGACUUUCAGACGCAGGAAGAGGAAGUGAAUGCGUGUGUGGACCUCUAGUGGCCGAGCAGCUGAACUGAUGUUCACAGUGUUCUCGUGUUGAGGUUUGUUUGCUCCGGAUGUCACGUUUGCUCUGUUUUAACUGUUUGGUGCAGCUGAUCUUUGGGUUCAUAUGUGGUCAUGUGUGAACGUCACCUGCAUCUACAACGUUAAAAACACUCCAGAAAUGUUCUGAAAUAAAAGGAGUUUCUGUUCAGUGGAACUUCGGUGUUUGUACAUUUACACUGGCAAUCCCAUACUGGACACGAGGCCCCUCCCACCAUCAUUAACAUAUGAGGCCCCACCCCCUCAUCAUGACUGGGGGCGUGGUCUUUGCAUCAGUGUGUACUGUGUCAAGUCGAUCCCACUUGGACUCGCGCUGGAGAGAGACACCGUGGACUCGGACUUUACUCUGCGGGAGCGUCUGGAUUGUGACAUCAUGAUGACAUCACAUUUGUUUGUGACGCUCAGACGGCACUGAAACUCUCUUGUUUAUUAAUUGACUGAUGAAAGAACUGCACAAACUUAAAUACGUUUAAUGAGUGAAAUUACACAGUUUUUGUUACACAAUAAACACACCUGACAUGAA